CCCUCAUCCCUCGAUCCCUCCCACCUCCCACCUCCCACCUCAUCUUGAUUCCCUUCUAACACCCCAGCACCAAACCCAUCUCGCCGGACAGACCAACAGACCACACUCCAGUCCUUUCCCCGGUACCUCUUUUUUCUCUCAUUCUCACCACCCACGGACUGGCUGUACCUUAGUUCACCGAAGCAUAUGCUGCUCAACCCGAGGAACCCUGCCAGCCACGCCCGCCAUUCGACAGCCUACCCGCUCUUUUUGUCUCGUGCUUUGACUGCACCUACCACGUACCAGACUUUACCUGGGUGCUCCUGCACCCACACCUCCCGAGCCCGCUCGACUCGCUCGACGACACCGCCGACUCUCACCAAUAAUUCCUUCCUCUUUGUUUUCUAGUCAAUCCCAGCUCACUACACUGUACUGUACUCACCGCGCUACAUUUCGCUUCUCCUGCAUCGCACCUGCAUCUUUUUCGUGGCUUCAAUGCCGUGCUGAUUGAUGAAACCGUCCCUACACUGCAUCUCAUCCCGCUGCACGCGACUCUUCCAGGAUCCCCGGUAAUGUUGGGUGCAGACUAUGGCGAACGUGGGGGCAUCGCAGCUUCACACGCACCCUCCGCCGUCCACUCUCCAGCCGACCCCUUCAACUUUCCCCCCUCCGCCAGCCUUGACGAUACCGAUUCUUCCACUUGGUCCAGCUUAGGACAUCUUACUGGAACAACAUCGACCACAAAUCUUUCUCCUGCAAAUCUCUCUCAUCUCCCCUCUUCUCAUUCAAAGUUCCACACCGACGACCACCAAAGUUCCAACCUGGAUAUCUCAGACCCCGAAACGCUCGCUCGAAAUGAGUUGUUCCUUCGUGGCAAUGCCUUUGCCGACUGGAACGACAAUGGCUUCUCCUCAACCAUGGACAAUCCCGCCGACCUCCAGAAACAGGAUCCCUUGGGUACUCAGAUUUGGAAACUAUACAGCCGAACAAAGUCUCGACUUCCCAACCAAGAGCGAAUGGAGAACCUCACCUGGCGAAUGAUGGCCAUGAACCUUCGACGCCGUGAGCAACAAGCCCAAGCCCAAGCCCAAGCCCAAGCCCAAGCUCAGGCUCAGGCUCAGUCACAAGCCCAGACACAAUCCGAUUCCCAAUUAUCUCAGUCUCAAGAUUCUACCACUAUGCAUGAUUCUCGCCCCGCCAACACCGGCUCCCUCCUUAGUGGGAAACAGUCGACCUUCAAACCCCCUCAUCAAGUCUCUGCUCCAAGUGGGAUUGCUCAGCAAUUGCGCCAGUCCAUCGACAAGACUGCAGACUCGGACCAGAUGCCAGAACCUAUGAAUAUCGACGAUUACAUCAUCCCUAGUUCCGUCGCCUCGCCAGCCGGCAUCACUACUCCUGCACCCUCAGAGGGAUUAUCUUUUUCGAGGGGGCAACAAGGCUCCGGCAUGCCCAUUGCCUCAAGGAAUAUGCCUCAUGUCCAGAUUCCCAGAAACUUGCCUCCCUCUUCAUUACCUCAAUCCUCCACCACUUUGACCAGGUCUUCAGAGUUUGACUAUGUCCAGAAAAGGGUUCGCAAAACCAGCAUUGACGAGAGAAGAGGUAACCGAAAACGACCUGCAGAAUUCUCGCCUCAGGUUCCACCCACCGUCACUACAGCUGGUACAUCCGGUAAUGAGGGCAAUGACUGCUUGCCAGACUACACCCUAGACCAGCCUACGCCGUCAGCUUUUCCUCAGAACGGCACGUUUCCCAAUCAAAUGUCGCUGAAUCUCGACUCAUUCCAUCUCCACGACGAUCCCAUCUUGUCCUCGGCCGGCCCCUACCAACAGAACUUUACAUUCUCCCCUGCAGCUUCUCCCAUGGUUACCAACGGACCUUUCUCCAACGUCUACACCCAGUCUUCCAUGGCCUCUUCGUUGAACUCGGCAGACAUUUAUUCUCCGCCUCAAUCUGGAUUCCCCUCGGCCGUCUCCACUCCUCAGCCUGGUCACGACAAUGAUUCCCAGCAAUACUAUUUCGACCAACAAUCUGGCCACCCUCGCUCAAUGCCCUUUUACCCUGCUCACCGAUCCAGUCAGAUCAUGAAUCCCAUGUCUUCACAAUUCGCAUUUGGUCCUAACAACGAGUCCAUCUACACUUCGAUGAACGGAGUCGGCUCCGCUCCGGCCAUGAACGGUUUUGGCCUGCAGCAACAUGUUGACCCGUCUCGAGUCAUCACUAAUGACUUUGUUCGUCGUGUUUCUCCAGGUGUAUCAAUGUCUGGCAAUGACAAUCUCUUCCACUUCGGCGGUGAUUCUGAUGGCGAGGAUGACGAACCAACCUUUGGCGAUCGAAGCAUCAUGAUGCAAUCUGACUAUGGUCAAAUGGGAGACCCCACACUGGACCUUAACUCAGGAUUACAAUGGGAUCCCAACAGCGCCGAUUUUGGCGGUCUCCAGCGGUAUGGAAGCUCGGCAAAACAGGUGCGAAUUGGAGGAGCCGAGAUGGUCAACACCUCUCCAGACUGGGGCUCAUCCAUGCUAAGUCGGACUCAUGGCUCCGCGGCAUCCAUCAGUGAGAUUAGAAACCGGGAUUCGGAUCCGCGUCGUCAGAAGAUUCCGCGCACUAUUUCAACUCCGGCGCUCUCUGGCCAUCAGUUGCAAUCCACUGAGAGUUCGCCUGGUGAAUCUGGUUUUAGCAGUCGCCAACCUUCUCGACCCAGCAGCCCAGGCCCCAAGAACACUGAUCCCAACGGUGCUCCUACAACCUGCACUAACUGUUUUACGCAAACCACCCCCUUGUGGCGACGUAAUCCUGAAGGUCACCCCCUGUGCAAUGCCUGUGGGUUGUUCUUGAAGCUUCACGGUGUGGUCAGGCCAUUGUCCCUCAAAACGGAUGUCAUCAAGAAACGGAAUCGUGGUAGCGGUGCUCCGAUGCCAGUGGGAUCUGCCGCGACGAGAGCGGCAAAGAAAGCGAGCAGGAAGAACUCUGUUCAACAGACUCCAGCAACGACACCCACUUCGGGGAAUACUGUGAGCGAACAUAAUUCUGCCUCGCCAGCCUCUAUCCAGGGCUCAGCUCAUUCCGGUUCCGCGGUGACGACGCCUACCAGUUAUCCUCCUGGGACGAUCGGCGGGAAACCUGGGGUUGUGCCGAUUGCCGCCGCCCCUCCCAAACCUCCCGUACAACCAGGGCCUAAUUUGACGCGGCCUGUUCAGGUAACGCCCAAGCGUCAAAGGCGACAAUCUCGAACUUCGAACACUAGCGGACUCGCGAAUGCGGGAAGUUCUGGCCCCACGAAUGAAGCUGACAUGCAGGAUGCUGGUCCUCAGUCUAGCAAGCUGGGGCAACCUCCCGCCUCAAGGCCCAAGCCCAACAACAUUCCGAUGGGCGCAACAACCAUGGCUUCUGUCAUGCAGGGAGGUGGUUUACUUACACCCGGCAUGCAGUCCAUGGUUGGUGGACCACACGGUAACAGUCAAGAGUGGGAAUGGCUCACAAUGAGUUUGUAACGAACGUCUUUGGAAAUGUCGACAAUCUCUCCCAACCGACGAAACGCGGCCUUUUCAGGCCCGGAAUGUCAUCUCCCGCGGUUACCAAUAUAUCUAAGUCAACCCUCGAGAUUUUCCCAGUCUGACGGCUGGCUCUGGGGGGGACUGGAUGAAGACUGAAUGAUGACGAAUGAGGCCGAGAUGCGAAGACGGCAUAUCGGUGAUGAGGUGGGAGGGGUAAUGACAAGGUGGGAUUGGAAUAUGGGAUUUACCCUGGGUAUUUUGUGAGAUUUACGAAACAUGAUAUCACCGCGUCUGCGUCGGUCGAGCUUGGGUAUACAGAGCCCAUCGAGCAGAAGUGCGCACCGUUGUUUUAUGUUGAUGCUUGGUCCAGUGGUUGAAUUUAUUGAGGAAGAGAUGCAUCUGCUUUUUGUUCAGAUCUAAUGAAAUAGACCGGUUGUGGUGGACGUGUUGAAUGAGGUUGACAUGGCUUGAUUCUGGUGGGCCGAGGAGCAGUCAUGUUGUCCAUUGUGAACAAGGACCGAGGCGCAGUUUGAACGCCUGCUGGUUUUGGACUCACGACGAAUCUGAUAUAUUGGUCCGGCUGGGUACGACGAGCCUUGUGUGACUUCAAUGAAGCUGGCAAGAAAUAGAUAGCGUCUUGAGUCUGUGUUUUGCGCGAGAACUAGACAUGUCAAGAUUGUAUAAGAUUGAAUGUUGAUCUACAUAUUCAAGUUGCAACGAUGCAUUCGCCUAC